AUGGACCUUUAAGAAAAAUCAUAUAGUCCAUAGGAGAUUGAAAGCCUUAUUUCGUUGAUAGAUACAUGCAUUUUAGAAGCUAAUCAGACUAUAAACUCUCUCCAUAAAGAGCUCUCAGAGGUCAAGGAUGAAAAUUUAUAAAUUAAGAAUAAAUUAAAUUAAUACGAAGAUAACCAAGAAGAAAUGCAGCUGAUGUUGUUGGAGAAAGAUGAGGAAAUAAAAAAGUUGCAAGGCUUGCUUGAAAUGAAAAACUAAUAAAACUAGUUAAAAGUGAAUAAUGGCAAUAUAAAUUCUAAUAGGAAUGAUGACCUAUCUCACUUUUUAAAAAUAAUUGACAGCUUAAAUACAGAAAAUAAGUAGUUGCGCUAGUAAAUAGAAUUGCUACAGUAUGAAAAUCAGAAGGCAAUACAAUUGGCAUGUAGUGCAAAAAACAACAAGCUUUUUAGAGAAAUAAAUAGCAAGCUAGAUUUGCAAUCUCCAAACAACUCCAACAUAGAAAACAAUGUUGCAGCAAUGAACAUAAAUGACACUUUUACUAAUAAAUUGAAAGGUAAUCUGCAAAACAUAAAUAGUAACAACUCAAAUAGCAAUAAUAAUUUGAAUAUAAAUAAUUUGAGUUACAUACACCACAAUAAUAACAGCUUUAACAAUUCCACUAACGAAAUUCUAAAGAAAUUCAAUUUAAGUGAUAGCACUAAUUUAGCAAAUCCAUCUGCAACUAUAAUGAAUAAUUAAUAACUAACCAACAACAACUCUACCAAUUUAGCUUCAACAAAGAAAAAUUAUAAAUAUUUAAAGCCCAAAAAAUGA